CUCACGCGCUCUGUGUAACGCAGACCAUUCUUAGCUGUACAAGGCCCCCUCUCUCUCUAGAAACAGUCAUCUCAAUCAUCUACGUGAUUCAACAAGUAGAGAUAAGAAGAAGAAGAGGAAGAAGUAGAAAACUCCUUGGAUCGUCGUUGGAUCGUCGUUGAAGAAGCAGCAUCAUCGUCAAAGCUUGAUCGAGAAUGGCUGGUCGAGUGAAAGAAGACGAGAAGAACGAGCGGAGUAUUAGGAGUCUUCUCAAACUUCCUGAUAACAAGAGGUGUAUAAACUGUAACAGCCUUGGACCACAAUAUGUUUGCACUACUUUCUGGACUUUCGUUUGUACCAACUGCAGUGGAAUACACCGUGAGUUUACUCAUCGUGUUAAAUCGAUAUCAAUGGCGAAAUUUACCUCACAAGAAGUCACUGCUCUAAAAAGAGGUGGUAAUCAGCAUGCUAAGGACAUAUAUUUUAAAGGACUGGAUCAACAGCGGCAGUCAGUGCCUGACGGAAGCAAUGUAGAGCGGUUAAGGGACUUCAUCAGGCAGGUGUAUGUAAAUAGAAGGUACACGAAUGAGAAGAACGAUGACAAACCUCCAAGAGGACCGAUGAGCGAUAGUGAGACACGAAGUUCUAGUGGGUCUCGCAGUCCACCAUACGAAGAUACGUAUGACCGUCGUUACAGCGACAGAUCAAGUCCUGGUGGGAGAAGUCCAGGGUUUGAGCCAGGCAACAAAAAAAGCCCUUCUCGUCCUGAGAUCUUGAAUGAUUGGCGUAGAGAGGAUAGAUUUGGGGGUAGAAAAAAACCAGAAGAGGAGUCCCAUUCACCUGAGCAAGUAAAAGAUAUGGGUUCAGCUAGCCCUCCUGUACUUCGACCCGUUAGGGAAAUUUUGGGUGACAGUGUUAUUCCUCUUCGGGUGAUAGAGCCUCCAAAACCCCAAGUUAACCGAAAUAACGAUGCUUCAGCACUUGCAAAGCCAGCCGCAUCAUUGAGUAGUUUAACCUCCACAAAUGAGAAUCCACCAGAAGUUAAGCUGGAGACUGCUAUAAGCCUAAUUGAUUUUGAUGAUCCCGAACCUUCAGCUCCAUCUGUUGCAAUACAAGCACCGAUAUCGAUCACACCUCAUCCUGCUCCACCGCCAGCAAGUGCAACUAAUGAUAACUGGGCAUCUUUCGAUGCCGCGCCCAGUGUCCCUAGUAUAAAUGUAUCUCAGUCACCACCCAGUGGUGGAAACACAGUGGAUUCACUUCUCUCUCAGUUGACAGCUCCUUCUUCCGUGCCAGUUCAGACAUCUACACUAUCUGGCGGACCUGUUCAUCUUGGUCAUUCCACGUCACAAAUCUUUGCACCACCUCCAAAUGGACAUUUAAGUGAACAGCCAUGGAACACGGGACUAGCAUCUAAUGUACAAAGAUCAAUGAGUGCACCGUCAUUGCAACCUCUUCAAGGAGUCCCUCCUGGUGGCCUGCAGACUAAUGAAGUUAAACCUUCCGGAAGAACAGAAUUACCUGCGGAUUUAUUCACUGUAACCUACCCAUCAUACAGUGCACCAGUGCCUGGGUGGCAAGCUGGUCCACCUCAUGCUGUGCACUAUGGCAUGCAGCAGUAUAAUAACACCAUGUCUUACCAGAAUGUUCCGCAUCCAGCCAAGUCAAUAAACCCUUUUGACUUCAGCUCUGAGCCGCCAUCACAGACACAAACAAAAACUAUGUUCCCUUCCAUGGCGUCUCUGCAAGGUGCAUUACCUCCUUCAGGCAUGAUGCCUUCUCAGGGAGUACACAAUCAUUUCAGUAUACCCUCUCAAGCCUCAAACCAUCUAUCUGCAAUGCCACCGAGGUACAUAUCUCCUCAAAUACCAGGAAGCAUGCCACCUAGCAAUGUAAGCCCUGUUGGCAACAUGGGAGCUCCAUAUGAAACUCAACAAACAUAUAACAAUAUCGGAAGCCCAUUUGCUUCUGUAGUCCCUUCGAACCCACCUUCUUUCCCUUCAGGAGGAAACCCGUUUGGGUAAAGAAGAACGAGAGCAUUAGCUCGAGAUCUGUUGUACUUGAAGAUUGAUUGAGUUCUAAGGUGUACUAUGUAAGGUUAUCAAAUUGAAUCCAAAAACACGGGUUAAAGUGCGUGAACGGUGAAGGAAGGUACGAGUCAUGAACUUGGAAAAGAAUUGGGUUUGCGAGGUUGGGUGUUUAGAUAAAAUUUUUUCAUAUAAAGGUUUUGAAAUAGGUUUCAUUAUUAUUAUUCUUUGAUAUUCUAUAUUUCAGUUUCCCUUUUGAUGUUGUUUUAUUGUAAUAAAUUUGAGGGCGGUUCGGUGGUUCCUUUAGAAAAAUCUUGAGGAUUGUAUCCGUUGUGUUACGUUGUAAGAUGUUAUCAAAGGGUUUGUUUACACAUUUUGAAC